AUGAAUAUCGAGGAACGGAAGCUGAUGCACACGGCCCAAAAAGCUGGUCAGUUCACAGACUUUGCUUUUCUCUGCAAAGGCACAAAGAUUCCCGUGCACAAAGUCAUAAUAUGUGCACAAUCCAAAGUUUUUAAUGCCGCCUGUACCAGUGGUUUGAAGGAAUCCACAUCUGGAGUGUAUGACUUGAGCGAAUACCCCCUGGAAUUCGUCGAAAGGAUGGUCGACCACCUCUACGUCGGGCGCUACGAAGAUCCGAAUCCAGAUGCGUCCAAACUACCCCUUUCGACGCAUCUGUUGAUGCUGGUCUUGGCAGACAAGUAUGUCAUCCAAGGCCUUGAAUCGGAGGCUAAAGCUUCGUAUAUCCGCCGACUAAAGCAGAAGAAUGUUGAAUUGGAGGACUUUCUCGAAUCGCUUCCGGUUCUGUACGAGGUGCCUGUCGAGGUCUCCAGGGAUGCUAUCGAUGCGGCCGUCGCCCACACGAGGGAGGUGGUGCUGACUUGCAUAUGUAGGAAGGCAAGCAUGGGAGUGAUCGACCAGAUAUCUGACGCUAGUCAGGACUUCCUGAAGGAGGUGAUGAUGUCCAUCAUGACUACUCCUCUGGGGUCUAGAUGCAGUGAUUGCAGCAAACUGGAUCACCUAUCAAAGAGCUCUCAGGAAUUGCAACGUUCUCAUGCAAGCCAAACACAUAAUCUUGAUGCUGGCGGCUUUUUCUCACCUGGCCCUGGAACAAAUGCUCCUAGUACUGCCAGAUCUUUUGCACCUACUUAUGAUUUGGCCCCUUCUGCGGCUAGCUUUUGGUAUUAA